CACAGGGCCCCUCGAAGUGGGCUGGUGAGUGGCUACAUUGAACGGGGUGUGGGAGAAGAAUGGUGACGUCAUACAGAGGCUCCGCCCACUUCCUGAGAGCGGAGAGGCCCGGCUGCUGAAGCUCGGGCCAAUCAGAGGGAAGGCUACUGGAUGGCAUGGAAGAGUAGAGUUUGCUGAGAUGGAGGAAAAGAAGCAUUCCAAGCCAGAUGAACAGGGAGAAUAAAGAUGUGGGACCAGGAAAGAGCUCAAGACAGGGAACAAGGGCCAGAAGCAGGCAUCUGUAGGUUGGAGCUAAACAAAGAGGAUGACCCGAAGCCCAAAGGUGAUGGAACGCAGCGGAGAGGUCUGACAAGAUGUACCAGGUUCCACUGUCACUGGACCGGGAUGGGACCCUGUUCCGGCUCCGCCUCACCAUGGUGGCCCUGGGCACAGUCUGCUGUCCACUUAUCGCCUUCCUCUUCUGCAUCCUCUGGUCCCUGCUCUUCCACUUCAAGGAGACUACGGCUACACACUGUGGGGUGCCCAAUUACCUGCCUUCGGUGAGCUCUGCCAUUGGUGGGGAGGUGCCCCAGCGCUACGUGUGGCGCUUCUGCAUCGGCCUGCACUCGGCACCCCGCUUCAUGGUGGCCUUCGCCUACUGGAACCACUACCUCAGCUGCACCUCCCCGUGUCCUAGCUACCAACUGCUUUGCCAGCUCAACUUCGGCCUCAACAUCAUCGAGAACCUCGCGCUGCUAGUGCUCACCUAUGUCUCCUCUUCCGAGGACUUCACUAUCCACGAAAACGCUUUCAUUGUGUUCAUCGCAGCAUCCCUCAGUCACAUGCUCCUCACCUGUAUUAUCUGGCGGCUGACCAAGAAGCACACAGAUCAGAAGUCCUACAACUGGAAACAGCGGCUCUUCAUCAUCAACUUCUUCUCCUUCUUCACGGCGCUGGCUGUCUACUUUCGGCACAACAUGUAUUGUGAGGCUGGAGUGUACACCAUCUUUGCCAUCCUGGAAUACACUGUUGUCUUAACCAACAUGGCAUUCCACAUGACAGCCUGGUGGGACUUCGGGAACAAGGAGCUUCUCAUUACCUCCCUGCCUGAGGAAAAGAGGUUCUAAACCCUUCUCUCCUGCAGAGGAGGCCCACUGCCCAGAAACUAGAAGCGAGAUAACCACUCUGGCCUUCCCUACUCCUAUGUCCUCUCUGGGCCCUACUGAAGUUGGGGAGGGAAGAAGAAAGGAGGAAGGGCACAGGACAUGGCUUUACCCAGCUCUACGGCAUCUCCUUUUCCCCACCCCAUGUGAAGGUAUAGGAACCUUCAAGCAGCAUCACCCUUACCUGAGAAGCCCCAAGAAGCUGAGGUGGCAGGAGCGCUCCAUCUGGUGCUAAAAAAAAAAA